AUGGCUCAAGAACAAGAAUUUAGGGAGGAUAUAUCCAAUUUAAAGGCCAAGGGAAUUAAACUGUCCAGUAAGUUGAAAACUUUAGAUCCAUUCUUAGACGAAGAUGGUCUUUUGAGAGUGGGUGGUAGAUUGGCAAACACUGAUUUAAUAUUUUCACGUAAACACCAAAUAAUUUUAGCCUUUAAACACAAGUUAACUGAAUUAAUCAUUCGACAUAAACAUUUGGAAAAUUUACAUGCUGGCGUUCAAACUCUUCUUUCGAUUAUAAGACUUGAAUAUUGGCCUAUAAACGGAAAAAAUGUGAUUAAAAAGAUAUUACGUUCAUGCACAAUUUGUUUUCGAGUAAACCCUAGAUUCAUUUUUUCAAAGAUGGGUAUGUUGCCCAAAGAACGAACAACACCAGUACGACCAGUUCGACCAUUUACGAAUGUAGGUGUUUAUUAUGCCGGUCCUAUACUAAUCAAGGAUGAUAAAUUAAGAAACCGAAAGUUCAUUAAGUCCUACGUUUGUUUGUUUGGCUACGAAGGCAUCACAUUUAGAGUUGGUAACUGA